GACUGACUGACUGACUGGCUGACUAGUGACUAACCGUGAUUUGUGAUUUAGACAUCCUUAUCUUUCUGGGAAACUGGGAAUUCCUCCUAUUUUCCUUUCCUCCCCUUUGACACAGAAGAGAGACAGAGAGAUUUACUGAGCCUUUCUCUCCGGACAUGUCUUUCUCGCAGCUGGGGUACCCCCAGUUCCUAAGUGACUCCCAGGAGGUUUACGGGGUCGAACGGGCCGGCUCAGGCCGGGAUGGAGGCGCCGAUGGCGGCGUGAAUCAGGCAGCUACUGCCGCUGCUGUUAGCUCGAUGCUGGGGAUGUAUGGUAACCCGUGGGCGGCUCAGAACUACAGCGCGUUUCUCCCCUACAGCGGUGCAGACCUCGCCCUCAUAUCGCAAAUGGUAGGAGAAAACGUUUUCUUGGAAUGUAGAUUUGAAACUUUGUUCGAAAGUGAUUGUUUCUCAUGUGUCUAUGGAAUGUGCACGCCGGUUAAAUGCAUGCAAGUGAAUUUGAUUUAUUGGAUUGGAAAAUGUAAUAUUAUGGGAUUGUAAUAGGAUCAUUAUUUUAUAUUUGGACCUUUAUUCAAUUUGAAGUUCUGUCAACUAUCAUGUUUUUCGAAACUGAAACGCCUGGUCUUGAAAUUAUUACAAAAAUAGUUCAUGGAAUUGUGUGGUUUAUUAUUCAUGGUCCAAUACCAAACGUCUAAAUUUAGGCUAAGGCUAGUUGAUAAAACAUCGUUUGCAUAUUUUCACUGGGUAGUCGAGCCUAUUUUUAUAAGAUACAAGAGUUACACGAGGCUUAUGGUUGAACUUUUCUAGUUAUUUUGCAAUUUAAUGUUGCUUCAGAAAUAGUACAAUUAGGAUAAACAAACAAUUAGACAUGAGAGACAUUAUGUAGGCUAAUUAUACAUUAUUUAGCAUAUAAUCAACCCUCAUAAUCAAUUUUCAAUUUGAUAUAAUUUAAAGUUUGAUUUAUAUAUUCAUACUGUCAAUGUUGUUGAAUUAUUUAGGCAAUUUUUUUCAAGUUUGGGUAAACGAUGAAAAUAGGACCAAUACGCUAUACGAAAUUUGUGAUAUCGUGCUUGUUUGAAAUAGUCCGAAACAAACUCUCCAUAACCUACACUAUUUAAAAAUAAUAAUAAUAGCUUACCGUAAUGUUGUUGUUAAUUAUUUUAGGAGAUAUCCUACACAUUCUGAAAGUGUGAAAACAUUUUUUGUCAGGACUUGUUAGAUUCAGUCAUAAUACACAGCAUACUGUAAACUUAUUUUGAAUUGGAAAGCCAAUAGCUUAUUCAAGUAUUUUUUUAAAAAACGAAUAGGCCUGGAACUAUUACAUUCCCCUCUCUAUCCCCCAGAACCCUCAGUACGAUCUGAAGGACAGCCCAGGAGCUCACCCGGGAGGUCUGGCUGUCCACGCCAGCGCAGGGUUCUACCCGUACGGCCAGUAUGGCUACGGCGACCCGAACCGAGCCAAGGCCGCUACGAGGGAGACCACCAGCACUCUGAAGGCCUGGCUGCAGGAGCACCAGAAGAACCCGUACCCCACCAAGGGAGAGAAGAUCAUGCUGGCCAUCAUCACCAAGAUGACACUCACACAGGUAUACAGACAUAAAGGUUUACUGCUAUGGGGAAUAAAAAGGUUUAGGCCAGGAGUAUUUCCCGGCUACUAGGCCUACAUGAUUUGACCGGGAAAACAGCCUACUUUGAAUGUGUUCUGUCUGUCAGUGUGUUGUGUCUGUGCUUUUGUUAUCUCUGCCAGUUUAAGAUAAACUCAUUUGACGAUUUGAUUAACCUAAUUAUCAAUAUUUGUAAUAAAGGAUCCAUAAAGUAUAUUAAUUAAUUCCUUCAUCUGUUCAGGUGUCCACGUGGUUCGCCAACGCGCGCCGGCGUCUGAAGAAGGAGAACAAGGUGACGUGGGGCCGCAGCGCGGAGGACCGGGACGGACGGAUCUUCAGCAGCGACAAUGAGGACGAGCCUGAAAAACACGGGAGCGAGGAUGAAGAAGAGGAGGAGAUCGAUUUAGAAAGUAUCGACAUAGAUAAAGUCGAGGAGAACCCCGGCGAUCAGAGGGAAGUGGAGGGAGAGGGGAAGCUGGCCGCCAGGGACGCAUCGGAUUCGGGUAUCUUGGAGAGCCAGAGGACGAUGUCUGUCAGGGCCCUCAGAAGUAUGGAGGGGCCUAUUUCUCUCAUUAAGGCGCCUGUUGGUGCUUGUAAAAACGCAGUGGAUCUUUCCCCCAAUGCACCGCUGUGCCAGAGGCCCCCACAGAACAAACCCAAAAUCUGGUCUCUGGCGGAGACGGCCACAAGCCCUGACAGUUCCAUCAAACCUUCCCCGGCUGUCUCAGGUCCUCACCAGGCCACGAUCCCCUCCCACCACCCGGCCCUACUCCCGGGUCAUGGAAUAUACACUUGCCAGAUCGGGAAGCAGCUCCACAACUGGGCCAAUGCGGCGUUCCUCAGUGCCAACUCUCUGCUGGGCGUCAGGUCGCUUCUCGGCGCGGUAAACCCAGCCGGACACCACAUGCCUCUCCAUGGCGCGCUGAAGCAUCAGGAUGCGCGGUUGACGCAGGCAUCAGGGGCAUCGUGCACAGAGGAGGAGAGUGGAGAUGAGUCGUCGGAGAGCUUCAGUCCAAAGCGAGAUGGUAUGUACUGUAGCCUAGGCUUAGGCUUACAUCUGUUUAUGAUUGUGAUUAUAGGCUAGUUUUCAUCUGCUUGGAAAUGAAUAACAGUCUCAUGAAUUCGGCCCAGUGUUAUCCUUCAGUUUUUCAAAUAACCUUUCCAAAUAUGGUACACCAUUUUGAUCUAACACUCGUUUCAAUUCAUGUUGUGUAUUUAUUAUGAUAUUUCUGAAAACUGAAAUGUUAUCAAUCAGCUAUAACCUAAUAUAGCCUAUCGCCUAAUAAACAACAAUCAAAUUGUAUUGGUCAAAUUGUAUUGGUCACAUACAUAUAUUUCGAACCAGUUACAGUUACAUCACUCAAAUAAUAUUGCAUUAAAAACAGGUAUGGCCUAAUUCAAAAUAGGCCUACUAAGGAUAGCCUAUUGAUUAUUUUACUGAUUUGUCUGAUUGUUUAUUUGUCUGAUUGUUUAUUUGUUUACAGAUGACGUGAAUAUUCGCAGGUCUGGCUCGCCGAAGUCUCCCUUCCAGCUGAUUACCGACAGGUAGGAUAUUUCAAACCUCACGGUGACAUUAUGUCAUGUGCCAUCUAUUUUAAUCACCCGGUAAAUGAACCUUUUAACCCGCCAGUAAAGGCGGUUUCACCUGACCGACUGGCCUGUCACAGCUCGAGCUCAUAAAUCAUCUGAAGAGAUCUAAUCGGUCUACUUUAACGGCUUUCAACGGCUCACUAGACACCGUUUAAUAUGGCCAUCAGGGUUGGAACCGGCGCCAUUGACUUAUCAUCGUUCACGCAAUUUAAAUAUACCCUCAAUUUAUUCACGCGUUGCCCGUGAAUACACAUAUGUUGAGGGAGGAUAUGAAAUAGGCCUGAUAGCAAUAUAAUUAUAGGAAAUGAAUUAUUCAAUGUCACACUCAUUUACAUUUUCUGACGUUUGUAUUUUCUUUUCUUUUCUCUUCAUCAAAAGAUCUCACCACGGAACGGCGCAGCGGGCCCUCUCGACCAUUUCCACAAUAUGAACAGUGAAGAGUUAUCAUCGGAGAAUAAUCUGGAAUAAUUAUUUAACGAAGAGCAAUUUAUCGAAUAGUCUACUAUUUUUGUGAGUGAAACGUAAGAUUUCAACUCGUCAGAUUUUGAAACAAUAGGCCUAUAUGAUGCGAGACAACAUUCAUAGCCUAUAGGCCUGUGUUUUUGAUCACACACAUUUUCCGUAUUGCCAUUUAUACUCGCAAUGUUUGUCUUUGCUGUGUAUGUUUGUUUUCUGUUUUAUUUUCUAUGAAAAAGUUAUCGACAUGUAAAUAAUUUGUUUAAAGGAUAUAUUUUCGAGAAAUAAACUCAAUCGUGG